CUAACAAAUUCCUAAUAGGGUAGUUUAUGAAUAUUUAUCUGUAAAAUCUGAUCGGUGAGAUAAUUAGUUAGAAGCUUAUAUUUCAAGUGUACAUCCACUAAUUUUCUAAUUUUCCUCAAGUUAUCGUUUAAAUUUUGUCCUUUUUUUUUCUGAAGGCCCAUGUAUCAUACACACACGAUGGAUAUCGAAGCCACUUUGCAUGUUCGCUUCUGUUUCAGACCCAAUUGAAUCCAAACCAAACCAAUUAGAGAUUAAAAAUCAAAAAUCACUAUCAAAUCUAACCGGUUUAAACACCAACCGCUUCGGUUUAGCUCUGUGAUCGCCCAGUCAGUCAGUCAGACCCGUCUGUGUUAGAUCAGAGAGAAGAAGACGAAGAAAUGGCGGGACUUCUAGCUUGGGGCGCCGACGAGAAGGAUCGGAUCCCACUAGUUUUCACGGAGGAGCAGCAGAGAUACGUCAUUGAGCUUGGCCCAAAAGCGACAACGCUCAGCCGUUCGAUCCAAGAUCUGUUGCUCAGAUUGCCUCCACCGGACAUCUCCCAGCGCCUGGCUCACCUUCAUGCUCACUCAUGCUCACCUUCAUGCUCACUCAUUAGCCUCCAAUGCAGCCUCUCACUUCUUCAGCUUGAUUCCCACUCCGCCACUCGUGAACAGGCUCAAAAUGAGAGAGCAGACGUUGCUAGACGAGAGAACAGUGCAUAUGAGAGGAUAUCAAUCUGUGAGACAAAAAUAGAAGAGAAGAGACAUGAAGAUGAUUCUCUUCUUAAAAAGUUGUAA